AUGUCAUCUUUCGAGAUGUCUCAUAUUGAUCUAGAAAAUGGCUCCGGCGAGAGGCAUUACCGUCGAAGUGACGUCAGCGAAAUCGGAGAAGACGGCUCGUCUUGUGACUACGACUACGACUUUCACUCAGCUGUUCGAAGCUUUUGCGGUGAGUUUGAGAUUGGUGAUUUCGACGACGACGACGACGACUCAGAAGAGCCCUGCGAAUCGAUCGGUGGGACUCCGGAGAGAGAUUGCCGGAUUUGCCAUUUGGGUUUAGAGAGCAGCCGACAUGAAUGUGGAGAUCCGAUGGUUCUUGGAUGUUCUUGUAAAGAUGAUUUGGGUUAUGUUCAUAAGCAAUGUGCCGAGACUUGGUUCAAAAUCAAGGGUAACAAGACUUGCGAGAUUUGUCGUUCGGUAGCUCGAAACUUCUCUAAAGAGACUGAUCAAACAACGACUGAGACCAAUGUGGAUGACGUGGAGGCCGGAAACUCAUCCACGGUGGUGGCUGCAAUCGAUUCCGAUGACCGGAGAUUCUGGAGAGGAAACAGAUUCCUUAAUUUCCUUUUAGCAUGUAUGGUCUCUGCAUUUGUAAUCUCAUGGUUCUUCCACUUUAACUUGCCUUCACAACAAUGA